AACGCCAGUCAGCGAUCCGUUCAUUGUCCACUAUGAAGUCCAACGGGGCAGUCAUGCAAGCUUUUUUCGCUUUCGCUUUUCUCGUAGUCGCGUCCGGAUUGUCCGACGACACGUGGUCCGUCGCGUCCAACGGCACCGGCAGAGCUAUGCAACCGGACAACCGUUGCAUAUUGCAAAUGGACGAUAUAUACAGAGUGUCAAGUCGAGGAGUCGAUGUAGAAAAAUUGAAUUAUUGUUCGAACAGAGCGUGUCCGAACUGGAAGUGCGAAGACGAUUCUUAAAUUAUACACGGGACGUGUUGCGGGUGCCCCAACAUUUUCGGAGGAAGUAAUUUCAAGCAAAUGUCAAAGAUUAACGAAAGAAAGUUUGAAUGUUGUGAUCGUGAACAAGUAGAAAUGACGUUAACCAAAAAUCAACUAUCGACAAGUAUAGAAACAAAAAAUGAACCAAAGCGCUCGGAUAAUUUUAAAGGAAUGAAAUCGGUUCAAAGUGCAAUAAAAAUUUUGAAGAUCGAAAAUGAAAAAAAUUAUAAUGCAAAUGAAUAUGUAUCAAACACAAUUUUGACUGCUAGUCAUGAAACCAAUUUUAAAAAACAAUUACUUUUAAGAAACGUAAUUUUUAUAAAAGGAAUACCACUAACUAAACAUGAAAACUACCCACGAAUCAUAAAAGAAAUUGCUUUGAAAACCAAUACGAAAAUCAACGUUAUAAGGGCGUUUAGAUUUAACAUAAGUAGCACUUCAAACAGCAUUGUUGUUGCUAAACUUGAAACUUUCGAAAUGAAGAAAAACCUUAUCUACAAUAGUAAAAUAUCUAAACUUACAGCAAAUAAUAUUUGUAGUAAUUGGCCUAAAAAAAACAUUUAUAUCGGUGAUUUAUUAAGUAACAGGCCUUUGUGAAUCUUUAUCGUAAAAGGUUUCAGCUUUAAAAGAAAGCAAUUUAUAAUUCUUUUGGAUCAACAACGGUGAUAUCCUAAUGAAAAAAGUAAAAAAAUCCAAAAAAGUCCAUAUAUAUAAGAAAUGUUCAAGACACCAUCAAUUUGUAAGACUGUUAAAGUUUAUAAUUUUUUUCAGUAAAUAAAUAUAAAAAAUGAUAUUAUGUUUACACCUUUAGUCUUAGUACCUUAGUGUUAGUACUUAUCCAUUAGCUUAAUAAGUUAUGUCUUACAAAUAUAGUUACAGUUUAGAUACUUUAAUCAUAAUUUAUAUGAAGUUAUACGUUCAACUAUAAAUGUAAUUCACAUGAUAAUGGUAGGUAAUCUAGAUCAUA